AUGCAAACUUCUUCUACAAACAUUUGUGAAAGACUGUGUAAUAAGUCCAUUCAUGAUGUUUCCUUGCUACUAAAUAUUCCACGGUCAACUGUUAGUGGUAUUGUAACAAAGAGGAAGCAACUGGGAACAACAGCAACUCGACCACAAAUUGGUUGGCCACACAAAAUGGCAGAGCGGGGUCAGCGCAUGCUGAAGCGUACAGUAUGCAGAAGUCACCAACUGUCUGCAGAAUCAAUAGCUAAAGACCUCCAAACUUUGUGUGGCCUUCAGAUUAGCAAACAACAAUGCAUAGAGAGCUUCAUGGAAUGGGUUUCCAUGGCCAAGCAGCUGCAUCCA